GAUCCAUUAUAAUUAAUACCGGUGUGACACGUCUUGCUUGUGUAUACGAAGUUGCCAAAUUAUACAAGUAACGAGUAAAUUAGCGAUACACUUCUCAUAAUAUCUGGAACGUUUGACGCAAUUUCACCUGUUCUUCGACUAAAUUAUACGGGUAAAAAAAUAUCGUAUCGAAGCGUAUAUACGUUUCCUCGAGCUACAAAGUUAGCGACAAAAAUUCAGUCCAAACUAAAUCGUUAAGUAUAUAAAUUCAUUAUUUGACAUUACUUGGAUCACAGCUGAUCAUAGCAGGAACCCACAUAAAAAUGAAUAUAUAUGUAUAAUUAUAUAUAUUUUUUUAUACAUAUAAAAUCUCCAUCAUUGGUCUACCUCGUAUAUACCCAUUGGCUGCGUAUUCGAAAACUUCAGCAUUCUCCAAGUAAAAUUAGAAAUUCCCUGUUUAACAGCCAAUCUGUUCACUCAUAUGCCCGAUAUUAAAUAUCUGCCAAGGUAAUAUCGAGAAUAUAACAGCUGUUUUUUUUUACUUCACGCUUCUAUUCGUACCGUUUACCUGUCAUUGUAUUUACGCGAAAUAUAAUUGUCAAUCAAACGUAAUUGACACAUGAAGGAAGACGAAACAUGAUAGAAUAGUGAAAAAAAAUGUGGGGCAAUUAUAGGAGUAUUUAUAAUGUACUGUGUGUUUUAAUCUCUGUUGUUUAUGGACACGAUUUUCGACACUUUGAUGAUACAGUUAUAUUUAAAAUUAAUUGGCCCGGAGAGAGCGAGACAGAGUUAUUAAAACAUUCGAAUGGAGAGCCAUAUUUUAUAACUACGGCUAAUAAUGAACGAUAUAAGUGCAUAAUUCCAGAUGCAACGGAACAGGAGCACGAGUACAGUGAAUCAUAUAAUGGACCAAAUCCGAUGCAACUUUUGCAACCAAUAUUUGCUCAAAACAGUUGCUCCUAUAGGCUCGAGUCAUAUUGGACUUACGAAUUAUGCCAUGGUAGAUAUGUACGGCAAUAUCAUGAAGACAGAGAAGGGAAAAAAAUUAAGAUGCAAGAGUAUUAUCUCGGCACUUUGGACAAAGCACAAAAGUUGAAACUUUUAGCUUAUUAUAAUGAGCAAGCAAAUGAUCCUAAUAGGAAAUUAAAUAUACCAACAAAAAAGAUUGAUGGUAUUAAUAUGCCAUAUCUUGAAAUUGAAAUGAUCGAUGGUACAAUGUGCGAUUUGAAUAACAAGCCAAGAAUCAUCAGGGUAUUGUAUGUCUGUUAUAAACAUGGUAAACAUGAUGUGUAUUCACUUAAGGAAACAAUGACUUGUGAAUAUGAAGCGAUAGUACUUUCACCAGUACUGUGCAAUCAUCCAGAUUAUAAGCCGCCAGAUACUGGUGAAAAUGAAAUCACAUGUCAGCCUGUUGGUAAUAAAACACCAAAGAAACCAAAAUCCCUUAUGUUAAUGGAAUAUGAAAGCGUAAAAACGCGACAUCAACAAAGGGAUGACAAGCAGCAGAAAGUAUAUGCAAUCUUCCAUGUAGAUAAGGAGGGCCAGGAUAGUGAACCUAGAGUAAGGGUUGAAAUACAUCCAAUGGAUACUGUGGAUAAGCAAAUCAAUGCUGAUGAAUCUAUCAAUGCGAUAACUGAUCAGAAUGUUAGUCCUGCUGAAGUUAGUCCUGUUCAGAGUUUUCUCAAUGGAAAGAAUUGCUUGCAUGGGGGUAAUGGCUGGUGGAAAUAUGAAUUCUGUUAUGGCCGUUCUGUUAUGCAAUAUCAUAUGGAAAGAGAUGGUACGAAAACGAUUGUAAACCUCGGUAGAUUUAACAAACAAAAGCAUUUAGAUUGGAUCGCUGCGAAUCCGAGCAAGAAACCUAAACCGCUAGAGUUAAGAAAACAUCUCUCACACUUUUAUAGCGAUGGUAGUAGCUGCGAUAAAACUGGAACUUCUAGGCAAACUGAAGUAAAAUUGAAAUGUGUGGAGAACCAUACUGCAAGCCAAUCUAGUGUAUCAUUAUUCUUAUUAGAACCAAAAACAUGUGAAUACGUUCUAGGAGUUGAAUCACCAUUGAUCUGUGAUAUUUUAGAAUAUGCUGAUGAAAAUGGACUUCUAAGUGAAAAGUUUGAAGCGAAUUUCGAUAAAUUGAAAUCUACAGCUUUGCAUUCGGGACAAGAUAAUUUAGACGAACGAAUAGCUAACGGAGAUGAUUAGAUUUCAAUUGAUUUAUUUUCUCAAUGUUAAUUAAGUCAUCAAAGCGUUUAUAAAAAUUUGCGUUAUUGUUUAUAAAAUUCUAGUAUGUACAAUAUU